AUGCUUUCGGAUGAAGCCUCGCGCAAGUCGGUUCUGGUCGGGCGCAUUAUCAAAAAUCCCUACCGCCAAGAGCUGCACUUGCAAUGGAUCAUAGAGUUGCGGUUUUAGAGCCGCUUUUUUCAAAUGCUUUCGGGUGAAGCCUCGCGCAAGUCGUUUUUGGGUCCGUUGCAUUUUUCCAUGAUCCCUGACGCUACCGCCAAGCGCUGCACUUGCAAUGGCUCAAUCGUUUACGGUUUAGAGCCACUUUUUGAGAUUUUCGAUGCAGUCACGCGCAAGUCGUUUUUGGUCCGUUGCAUUGUCCAGGAUACCUGUUGCUACCGCCAACUGCUGCACUUGCAAUGGCUCAAUCGUUGACGGUAUAGAGCCGCUUUUUCGAAUGCUUUCGGAUAAAGCCUGGCGCAAGUCGGUUUUGGUCGGUUGCAUUAUCAAAAAUCCCUGACGCUACCGCCAAUCGCUGCACUUGCAAUGGCUCAAUCGUUUACGGUUUAGAGCCACUUUUUGAGAUUUUCGAUGCAGUCACGCGCAAGUCGUUUUUGGUCCGUUGCAUUGUCCAGGAUCCCUGUUGCUACCGCCAACUGCUGCACUUGCAAUGGCUCAAUCGUUGA